GGUCCAGUCGGGGUGGGGGCAGGGAUUCUCCAACCCACCUCUCAGUGAUCAAAGGGGAAGCUGAGGCCAGAGAGAGACAUGCCCAAGGGCAUUCAGGGAAAUCAAGGUGCAGCUGAAGCCAGGGCCCCAGGCUCUGUCCUCUCCCCACCCUCAUUCUAGCUUUGCCCAGUCUGCCCUGCUUUUCCGUAGUCAGUUCAGCCCCAUGACUCCUCCAGGGGGACUGCCCCUGCUCUAAAUGCUUCAUAACUUCUCUGGUCCAGCCCCACUGCCCUCUGUCCUCCGUGGCCCCCCAGGAGUCCAUCUUUCCUGAGUGGGCUCUGGUUUCUCCUGGCUCUGGGCAUUGCACAUGCUGUUUCCUCGGCCUGGAAUGCUUUUCUCCUCCUUGACCCCAUGACCAACUCUUAGUCAUUCUGAAAAGCCCCAGCACCAGUGUCCCCUUCUCAGUGCAGCCUUCCCAGCCUCUGGAAAGAGCCUUUCUGCCCACUGCACCCCCCUUCCCAAGCUCCACAGGCUGGGGGCAGCUGUGUCCAGCUCUGGAGGCCCUGAACAUUCAGGCCCCCACAUCUCCUGGUCCUGGUGCCUCCUUUGUCCUUCAGACAGCGGGCAACCUGAGCCACAGCUGCAGAUUUGGGCUUUUGAUGUUAAACCCUCAAGUGGCCUCUGGGGACCCAUGGUUGAUCUGAGACAGCUAGGGACAUGUACUCCUGGUACCCCAGACCCCUCCCUCCUCUGGCUUCCCUUAUGUGAAGGUGAAUUAUGGGUGCGACCAGAGACAGAGACCCAGACAGAGAUUUAAAGAAAGCAGGGGGAUGUGGGCAGGGACAUGAUGUCACAGCAGAUGCCCACAGAGGUGCUGACCCUCUGCCAGGGAGACAAGGAGAAAUGGGGAGAAAUGCAGGGUCCCAGGUGCUUCCCAGCGUGCCUGCCCAUCCACCACGCUCAACUCCUACACCAGCCAGAAUCCUGGGGUGGGGGUCCAGCUGGAACCCCAAACCUGGCCUGCUCUGACCCAUCUGAACAAGACCAGGCUGGAUCUUUAGGGAAGGGCUUUCUGUCCUGCCCCUGGAGCUUCCCUCCCUCCACCUUAAGAUUCUGAUGUAACAUCCAAGACUGGAUGGUUUACUAUCAUAUUCUGCAGAUCCAGCCAUGGGCGCUUCCAAGAGGCCAUUUCACCCCAGAAUGGGGUGGAGGACACGAGGUCGUGGUCCUCAGGGUGCGCCCUUCCUUUUGGGGGUUCACCCCCACACAUGCACACCCCCUUGAACCCGUGCGGAGGUCCGAUGCCCGGCGGCAGCCGCUGAUCCCCGCCCCGGGCAGCCAUUGGCUGUUGCCAUGGCACCAGCCCAUCUUCCCGCUCCGCCAUUGGCCGCCGCGCCUGCAUCCCGCAUCCUGCAUCCUCCCCCGCUCGCUGUGGUCUCGCCCAGCGCCCAGAGCGGCGGCGCCGCCUGGUCAGGCCCGGACCGGGCUUUGUUCGCCACAGAGCCCCUCGCCCUCGACGACAAAACCCCGGAGCCCCGGAAUCCACGCCCCGAGGCCGCCCCGUCCCUGGAGGACUGGGAGCUCGGGCGGGGCCCGCGGAGCUGGGCUGAGGGAGGAAGACCCAGGCUUUCGGCGCCCCGGCCAGCCGAGCCCCAGUGAGAUAAAGCACUGCAGGAGCUGAAGAUGACGAGCUCCGUGGCACCCUAUGAGCAGCUGGUGCGACAGGUGGAGGCCUUGAAGGCCGAGAACAGUCACCUGCGGCAGGAGCUUCGGGAUAACUCAAGCCACCUGUCCAAGCUGGAGACAGAGACAUCAGGCAUGAAGGAGGUCCUGAAGCACUUACAGGGCAAGCUGGAGCAGGAGGCCCGAGUGCUGGUGUCCUCGGGGCAGACUGAGGUGCUGGAGCAGCUGAAAGCCCUGCAGAUGGACAUCACCAGCCUGUACAACCUCAAGUUCCAGCCCCCGGCUCUGGCCCCAGAGCCAGCUGCCCAGACCCCUGAGGAAAGCCCAGUACACAGCUCCGGGCCCUCCAAGGACAGCUUUGGGGAGCUGAGCCGGGCCACCAUCCGGCUGCUGGAGGAACUGGACAGGGAAAGGUGUUUCCUGUUGAACGAGAUUGAGAAGGAGGAAAAGGAGAAGCUCUGGUAUUACUCGCAGCUGCAGGGCCUGUCCAAGCGCCUGGACGAGCUCCCGCACGUGGAGACGCAGUUCUCGAUGCAGAUGGACCUGAUCCGUCAACAGCUGGAGUUCGAGGCGCAGCACAUCCGCUCGCUGAUGGAGGAGCGCUUCGGCACCUCGGACGAGAUGGUGCAGCGGGCGCAGAUCCGUGCUUCCCGCCUGGAGCAGAUCGACAAGGAACUGCUGUCAGCUCAGGACAGAGUGCAGCAGACGGAGCCCCAGGCCUUACUGGCAGUGAAGUCAGUGCCAAUGGACGAGGACCCUGAGACGGAGGUCCCCACGCACCCUGAGGAUGGUGCCCCUCAGCCAGGCAACAGCAAGGUGGAGGUGGUCUUUUGGCUUCUGUCCAUGCUGGCGACGCGUGACCAGGAGGACACAGCCCGCACGCUGCUCGCCAUGUCCAGCUCACCCGAGAGUUGUGUGGCCAUGCGCCGCUCGGGCUGCCUACCGCUGCUGCUGCAGAUCCUGCACGGCACCGGCACCGAGGCGGGGGCUGGGGGCCGCCACGGGAACCCUGGGGCGCCGGGAGCCAAGGACGCACGUAUGCGCGCCAACGCAGCGCUGCACAACAUCGUCUUCUCCCAGCCGGACCAGGGCCUGGCGCGCAAGGAAAUGCGUGUCCUGCACGUGCUGGAGCAGAUCCGCGCCUACUGUGAGACCUGCUGGGACUGGCUGCAGGCCCGGGACGGCGGGCCCGAGGGAAGCGGCGCCCCGGUCCCCAUCGAGCCACAGAUCUGCCAGGCCACCUGUGCUGUGAUGAAGCUGUCGUUCGACGAGGAGUACCGCCGGGCCAUGAACGAGCUGGGUGGGCUGCAGGCCGUGGCAGAGUUACUGCAGGUUGACUACGAGAUGCACAAGAUGACCCAGGAUCCUCUGAACCUGGCCCUGCGCCGAUAUGCUGGCAUGACACUCACCAACCUCACCUUCGGGGAUGUUGCCAACAAGGCCACGCUGUGCGCCCGCCGGGGCUGCAUGGAGGCCAUCGUGGCCCAGCUGGCAUCUGAGAGCGAGGAGCUCCACCAGGUGGUGUCCAGCAUCCUGCGGAACCUGUCCUGGCGGGCUGACAUCAACAGCAAGAAGGUGCUGAGGGAGGUGGGCAGCAUGACUGCCCUGACGCAGUGCGUCCUGCGAGCCACCAAGGAGUCCACCCUAAAGAGCGUGCUCAGCGCCCUGUGGAACCUCUCAGCGCACAGCACGGAGAACAAGGCCGCCAUCUGCCAGGUGGACGGCGCCCUGGGCUUCCUGGUGAGCACACUGACCUACAAGUGCCAGAGCAACUCGCUGGCCAUCAUCGAGAGCGGCGGCGGCAUCCUGCGCAACGUGUCCAGCCUCGUCGCCACCCGCGAGGACUACAGGCAGGUGCUGCGGGACCACAACUGCCUGCAGACGCUGCUGCAGCACCUGACAUCGCACAGCCUGACCAUCGUGAGCAACGCGUGUGGCACGCUGUGGAACCUGUCGGCCCGCAGCCCCCGCGACCAGGAGCUGCUGUGGGACCUGGGCGCCGUGGGCAUGCUGCGCAACCUGGUGCACUCCAAGCACAAGAUGAUCGCCAUGGGCAGCGCUGCCGCCCUGCGCAACCUGCUGGCCCACCGGCCGGCCAAGUACCAGGCGGCCGCCACCGCCGUCUCCCCCGGCGCCUGCGCGCCCAGCCUGUACGUGCGGAAGCAGCGCGCGCUGGAGGCCGAGCUGGACGCGCGGCACCUGGCCCAGGCGCUUGACCACCUGGAGAAACAGGGCCCACCCGAGGCCGAGGCCGAGGCCUCUUCCAAGAAGCCCCUGCCGCCCCUGCGGCACCUGGAUGGCCUGGCCCAGGACUACGCCUCUGACUCGGGCUGCUUCGACGACGACGACGCACCCUCCCUGGCCACCGCCGCCGCCGCCGCCGCCGCCGCCGCCGCUGCCACCGCCACCGCCACCGCCACCACUGAGCCUGCCAGCCCCGCGGUGCUGUCCCUCUUCCUGGGCAGCCCCUUCCUGCAGGGGCAGGCGCUGGCCCGCGCCCCGCCCGCCCGCCGUGGUGGCCUGGAGACAGAGAAGGAGGCCGGCAGGGAGGCAGCAGUGGCGGCCAGGGCCAAGGCCAAGCUGGCGCUGGCGGUAGCACGGAUCAACCGGCUGGUGGAGGACAUCUCGGCCCUCCACACCUCGUCCGACGACAGCUUCAGCCUCAGCUCUGGGGACCCCGGACAGGAAGCUCCGAGGGAGGGGCGUGCACAAUCCUGCUCCCCUUGCCGGGGGCCGGAGGGUGGGCGGCGGGAGGCCGGCAGCCGAGCUCACCCGCUGCUGCGGCUCAAGGCGGCCCACGCCAGCCUCUCCAACGACAGUCUUAACAGCGGUAGCACUAGCGACGGGCACUCGAGGCCCAGCCAGCUGGCGGCGCUGGUGGAGCACCGAGAGGGUCCCUUGUGUAGCCAGGAGCGGCCGAGCCGGCUUGACCUCCACCUGCCCGGCAGCCAGGCUGAGCCAGCAGCCCGGCACAGCGUGGCCACCGAUGCCCAAGUGCGCACCAUCAAGCUGUCACCCACCUACCAACACGUGCCACUGCUUGAGGGCACUGCGCCCCUGGCAUCUGGGGCCCGGAAACAGGCCUGGCUGCCCACAGAGGGCCUGAGCAAGGUCCCCGAGAAGCUGGUGGCCGAGGCCACACCUCUCUGCCUGUCCCGCUGCAGCUCCCUGUCCUCACUGUCUUCGGCCGGCCACCCGGGCCACAGUGAGGCUGGGGACCUGGACGACAGUGAUUCGUCCCUGGAGGGGCUGGAGGAGGCUGGCCCCAGAAAGGCAGAGCUGGACGGGGUCUGGCGAGGGCCGGGGACUGCCUCGCUGCCUAUGGCCAUCCCGGUGCCCCGGCAGGGUCGUGGGCUGGGGGUGGAGGAUGCCACACCCUCAAGCUCAUCUGAGAACUGUGUGCAGGAGACACCGCUGGUGCUGAGCCGCUGCAGCUCCGUCAGCUCUCUGGGCAGCUUUGAGAGCCCGUCCAUCGCCAGCUCCAUCCCCAGUGACCCGUGCAGUGGGCUGGGCAGUGGCACGGUCAGCCCCAGUGAGCUGCCCGACAGCCCCGGGCAGACCAUGCCGCCAAGCCGCAGCAAGACGCCGCCACUGGCCCUGGCACCACCAGGUGAGCGGGAGGCCACCCAGUUCAGCCUGCAGUGGGAGAGCUACGUGAAGCGCUUCCUGGACAUCGCCGACUGCCGGGAGCGCUGCCGGCUGCCGUCCGAGCUGGACGCGGGCAGCGUGCGCUUCACGGUGGAGAAGCCGGAUGAGAACUUCUCCUGCGCCUCCAGCCUCAGUGCGCUGGCCCUGCAUGAGCUCUACGUGCAGAAGGACGUGGAGCUGCGGCUGCUGCCCCCGGCCGGCCCCGAGCGCGGCCGCGGCGGAAGCGGAGGCCCAGGCCCCCACCUGACUGGGCAUCGCCGGCUGGACGAGGCUGGUGUUCGCCUCGAGGGGCCGACAUCCACUGACCAGGAGCUGGAGCGGCUGCGUGACUGUCUUGGUGCAGCCGUGCCUGCCCGGCUCCGCAAGGUGGCCUCCGCAUUAGUGCCUGGCCGCCGUGCACUGCCUGUACCGGUCUACAUGCUGGUGCCUGCCCCGGCCCGGGAGGAUGACUCCUGCACUGACUCGGCCGAGGGCACGCCGGUCAACUUCUCCAGUGCCGCCUCGCUCAGCGAUGAGACGCUGCAGGGACCACACAGGGACGGCGGGCGUGCAGAUGGCCAGAAGCCCGCAGGCCGCACCACCCCCACAAAGCAGCCUGCAGGACACCAGCACAGGGCAGGAGGUAUGGGCCGGAAAACAGAGCAGCCCCGAGGGGCUGGCAGGAGCCGGGCGGGGCUGGAGCUGCCCCUCCGCAGGCCCCCGAGCGCCUGCGGGGACAGGGAAAGCUCGCGCCCAGGUCGGGCACGUGGGGAUGAGGCCCUGCAGUCUCUGUGCCUCACGACACCCACCGAGGAGGCGGUGUACUGCUUCUGUGGCAACGACUCGGACGAGGAGCCACCCACAGCAGUGGCGGUGGCGCCCCCACGGCGGGUAUCCGCCAUCCCCCGGGCGGUGAAGAGGGAGCGCCUGGCUGGUGGCAGGAAGGAGGCACAGGUCGCACCCAAGGCCAUGCCCACGGCCGCGCCGCCCACCAGGGCCCAGCCCAGCCUCAUUGCUGACGAGACGCCCCCAUGCUACUCCCUGAGCUCCUCGGCCAGCUCCCUCAGUGAGCCUGAGCCCUCCGGGCGCACAGCCGGCCGGCCCCGAGCCCCUGAGCCAGCGGCUACCAAGGGUGGGCAGGACAGCUCCCCCAGCCCGCGGGCCGAGGCAGAGCUGCUGCGGCGCUGCAUCGGCUCAGCCAUGCCCAGACGCCGGCCCCAGGCCCCCGGCCCGCGGCGUCGCCAGCCCCGAGCUGCGCGACCAGAGGAGCAGCCGGCAGAGGUGCACCAGGAGCAUAGCGAGGAGGCGGCGGGCUCAGACCAUGCCUCAGACCUGGACAGCGUCGAGUGGCGAGCCAUCCAGGAGGGCGCCAAUUCCAUCGUCACGUGGCUGCACCAGGCGGCCGCGGCAGCCACCCGCGAAGCCUCGUCCGAAUCUGACUCCAUCCUGUCCUUCACGUCGGGGCUAUCAGUGGGCUCCACCCUGCAGCCCACCUUGCAUGGGCAGGGGCGACGCCCAAGGGCAGAAGGCCAAGCAAGCAGUGCUGUGCGGCCAGAAAAACAGGACGUGGCCUUGGCCCAGCGCAGCGGUGGCCCGGAGAAGCCACGUGGCGCUCAGAAGACUGCAUCCAGGGUGCCAGCCGUGCUCAGGGGACGGACGGUUAUCUACGUGCCCAGCCCAGCAGCCCGAGCUCAGCCCAAAGGUGCCCCCGGCCCCCGCACUGUGCCAAGAAAGAUGGGAGCCCCAAGCCCCGUGCAGCCAGCAGCUCCAGCCAAAGCCCUCGGCACCGGGCAGCAGCGGUCUCGGAGCCUGCACCGGCCUGGCAAGACCUCGGAGCUGGCGGCACUGAGGCCCCCUCAGAGGAGCGCCACACCGCCCGCUCGCCUGGCCAAGACCCCCUCAUCGAGCUCCUCUCAGACCUCCCCUGCCUCCCAGCCUCUGCCCAGGAGGUCGCUCCCAGCCACCCAGGCUGGGGGACCCCUGCCUGGCCCUGGGGCCGCUCCAGUGCCCAAGACCCCCGCACGGGCCCUGCUGGCAAAGCAGCACAAGACACAGAAGUCGCCGGUGAGGAUCCCCUUCAUGCAGAGGCCUGCCGGGCGGGGGCCGCCACCCCUGGCCAGGGCGGCCCCAGAACCCGGUCCCAGAGGCCGGGCAGGGGCCGAGGUGGGCCCAGGCACCCGAGGGGGCCGCCUGGGCCUGGUGCGCGUGGCCUCCGCCCGCUCCAGCGGCAGCGAGUCCUCCGACCGCUCGGGCUUCCGGCGGCAGCUGACCUUCAUCAAGGAGUCACCAGGCCUGCUGCGCCGACGCCGCUCUGAACUGUCCUCGGCCGAGGCCACCACCCCUGCUGCCCAGGCCGGCUCGCCCCGCCGUGGCCGGCCUGCGCUGCCUGCCGUCUUCCUCUGCUCCUCGCGCUGCGACGAGCUGCGGGCGCCCCCCCAGCAGGCCCCGGCCCCACAGCAGCUCCCCGCAGCCCGGGCCAGCCCCUGCGAGAGGCCGCCCCGGCGCACCAGCUCCGAGAGCCCAUCGCGCCUGCCUGUCCGCACACCAGCGGCCCGGCCCGAGACGGUCAAGCGCUACGCUUCUCUUCCCCACAUCAGCACGGCCCCCAGGCCCAACAGCGCCGCCCCCAGGCCCGCGGCUGACCCGGCCCGCCGCAGCAGUGACGGGGAGGCCCGGCCGCUGCCCAGGGUGGCUGCGCCGGGUACCACGUGGCGUCGCAUCCGGGACGAAGAUGUCCCGCACAUCCUGCGGAGCACGCUGCCUGCCACCGCCCUGCCCCUGAUGGGCUCCUCGCCCGAGGAGGGCCCGGCUGGCCCACCGCAGCGCAAGACCAGUGACGCUGUGGUCCAGACAGAGGACUUCGCUGCCACCAAGACCAACUCCAGCACAUCUCCAAGCCUGGAGAGCAGGGAGCCUCCCCAGACCAUAGCCGGCGGCCCCACCUCCCUCCUUGGCAGCGACGUGGACGGGCCCAGCCCUGCCAAGGCGCCCACCCCUACCCCCUUUGUCCACGAGGGCCUAGGGGUGGCUGCAGGGGGCUUUCCUACCAGCCGGCAUGGCUCCCCCAGCCGCUCAGCCCGGGUUCCCCCCUUCAAUUAUGUGCCCAGCCCCAUGGUGGCAGCCACCGCUGACUCUGCCGUGGAGAAAGCCCCUGUCCCCAUCCCCACCAGCCUCCUGGAAUAGUGGCCGCCAGAGCUGGCUUUCCAGAACAUCCUCUCCCGGCCCAAAGCGGUCUGGAGGCCCCGAGGGUGGUCCCAGGGCCUGCCUGCCCACCCAGUUGCCCGCCCUCUGAGCCUCACCCCUGCCCACAUGGGCCUCACAACUCACACGUAGACGCUUGCUUCUGUGCCGGGGAGAGGGGUGGGCACUACGGGAGGAAAAUGAGCGGCAGGCUGGACCUCAAGUCCCUGCUAGAGGUGGUCCCACGGUGGACCACCCUUCUAGCUGGGGCUGUCCUCAGCAGUGCCCUCCAGGGCUCCCAGCCCUGCUGGGUCAAGGAUCAGCAUGACACUCCCCUCCCCAACCUCGGGAGCUGCAAGGGGGUAACGGUGCCCGCCGAGGUGGGGGACAGGGCUGGGGAGGGUGGCACCAGCGGGAGCCUGCCAGCUGGGGGCUGCGGCAAUGCAGGCACAGGAGGAAGCCUGUAAUUACAGGCAGGGCCGUAAUUUGUUAAUAAUGGCUCAGCUGGUUUGUUUGCCUUCUCAGCCCCAGCUGGGGGUGUGGAGAGGGGUGCAGCUGAGCCCAAUAGAAAGGCAGACCCUGCCCCAGACAGAGACAAGUAGGGAGCCUGGAGACUGAAGGUGGGGGUGGGGGGAGUGCGGUCGCGACCCAGGGCACCCCUGCAACUGGUAAGGAACAAGCAGAGGGGGGUGUGAGGACGAUGGGUGGGCUCUGGCUGACCUGGGCAGGCGAGGUCGGUCAAGAUGCCCUGGUGGGCAAGGUACCAACGGGAGGGGGCCAAGGAGAGUCAGCUGUGACCCCAGCAGGACUGCAACCCAGGAGAGGAGGUCCCGGCAGACACCUGCCCAGCCACUGGUCUUUCCUUUUUCAAUCUUAUUCUCCUUUCCAAGGUGAGGAGCCCUGGGUCUGGGGCUCCUCCCUGUGGGAUUGCGUGGCUGUGGGAUCCAAGGCGGAGCCUGCGCCCAGCCUUCGGACUGUAGGACCUGGAGCCCUGGAACCACAGCCGACAGAUGCUAGAGAGCUGGUACCAGCCAAGGCAGGGAGGUGGACAGCAGGCCUGGAGGCCAGGAGAGGCCGCACCCCAAGGCAGGUGUGUGAUCCUUCUCCACCCAAGCACACCUUCUGUAGGAAGAGCUGGUGACCUCUUCCCUGCAGAGCCUGGCUCUGCGCCGGAGCUGCUCUGGGCCCGCGGGUCUGCCAUCACAGCGGCCCCACAGAGCUGCUCCUGGGGGCUGGGGGCCAACGUCCUUUCUCUGGGAGGAAAGGACAUGGGGUUGAGUCAAGAGGUGCCGAAGGAGCCGUCUCCACCCACGGGCACCGCUGUCCCGUCCCUCGGACACUAUGUUGCUGCCGCCGCUUAGAGCGCACAUGGACCACGCUGCGUCCCCUCCUGCAACACCCCGUCCUGCAGGACAGACUCCAGGGCUCUGCCUGAGGGGCCAGAACAGGACACAGGACCAGAAGGGCUGCGGACUGCACCAAAUGCUCCUUCUUUGAUGGCGCCCACAGUGGGGGCCACUGGGGAGUCUCCCCGGGGAGCCGGCAGGCAGCAGAGGGCACUGGACCUGGGGGCUCCAGGCCAAACUCAGAAACCACGGUUCCUGUCCCCAUCAGCAGCGUCACGGCAGGGCCAGGUGGUCUUCCAGGCUUCCCAGACUUGGGGGCUACAGCCAGUCUCCCCCUUGAAAUGGGUCCCCACCCCUGCUGACCCAGCUGUGGGGGUGGGGUGGGGCAAGCCCCACACCGUGAGACCCAGAGCAGUGCUCUCGCCGCUGUGUGCCUGUCUCCCUGCGUGGGCCGUGGGGAGACCUCCCAGAGCUACCUCUCGGGCAAGCAGAGCUGUGGCGCGACUGGUGGCAGAGGACCCUCCCCGGCUGCCCCUCUGCCUGCCCUCUGUCCGGCCCUGGGCAUUCUCUCCACAGGCAGGGCCCGCUCAUCCUCGUCCAGCGGCCACUUCUACCUUCUCCACCCACGGCAGUGGGGGCCCAGGGGCCUGGGCAGAGCAGAUUCCUGGAGAAGACAGCUCUGGCAGUCACUGAACAA